AUGGAGGCAGGCUGGGGCUGGAACAGCACUCACCACCGCCAGCCUGGGCAUGGCCAGGGGCUGCUGAGCCCCCAGACCCUGGCAGGUGACCCCAACCUCACCCUCUUGCACAGCCGGGAUGAGGAGCUGGCCAAGGCAGAGAUCGGGGUGCUGGCCACCAUCCUGGCCGUGGCUACCACAGGCAAUGUGGGGGUGCUGCUGGCCAUGUACCGCCUGAGGAAGAAGAUGAGCAGGAUGCAUCUCUUCAUCCUGCACCUGGGGCUGACCGACCUGGGCGUUGCGCUCUUCCAGGUGCUGCCGCAGCUGAUCUGGGAGGUGACAUUUCGCUUCCUGGGGCCGGACGCACUCUGCAGGGCAGUCAAGUACCUGCAGGUGCUGAGCAUGUUCGCCUCCACCUACAUGCUGAUCGUGAUGACCCUGGACCGCUACCUGGCCGUGUGCCACCCGCUGCACUCCCUGCAGCAGCCCAGCCGCCAGGCUUACCUCAUGAUCGGGGCCACCUGGCUGCUCAGCUGCCUCCUCAGCCUGCCCCAGAUCUUCAUCUUCUCCCUGCGGGAGGUGCGCCAGGGCUCCGGGGUGCUGGACUGCUGGGCAGACUUCAGGUACCCGUGGGGAGCCCGAGCCUACAUCACCUGGACCACGCUGUGCAUCUUCAUCCUGCCCGUCGCCAUCCUCACCAUCUGCUACAGCCUCAUCUGCUACGAGAUCUGCAAGAACCUCAAAGGCAAGACCCAAAGCGGUGCCUGCAGUAGGGGAGGCUCCGUGGCAGCCGCCGCUGCCGCUGCCAGCUGCUCCGAGAGGGGCGGGCAGUGCCGGGGCGGGCAGUACCCCGGCGGGCAGCCCUCGCGGGUGAGCAGCGUCAGGACCAUCUCCCGCGCCAAGAUCCGCACGGUGAAGAUGACCUUCGUCAUCGUGGUGGCCUACGUCGCCUGCUGGGCUCCCUUCUUCAGCAUGCAGCUGUGGUCAGUGUGGGACGAGGAUGCUCCUGACGACGAGUCCUCCAACGUGGCUUUCACCAUCACCAUGCUGCUGGCCAGCCUCAGCAGCUGCUGCAACCCCUGGAUCUACAUGGUCUUCAGUGGGCACCUGCUGCAGGACGUGGCACGUUGCCUGCCCUGCUGGGGCAGCCCCCGGGCCGGCCUGAGGAGGCAGGGCUCCACCGGCAGCCUCUGCAGCAGGAAGACCACCAUCCUGAGCCACAGCCACCACGGCAGCCCCCCCAGCCUCCCCCUGCACGGCGCCAGCACCAAGGACUUCUACCCACCCUGCGAGGAGGCGGUGACCGAGCUGGGCAUGCUCUAG